AUGGCUACCCCUAGUGUCCUAGCUUUUGACGCUGAGGGUCGCGCCAUUGAUUUUGAGGUCUGGUUAGACGACCUGCAGCUGUUCUUACAGUGCGACAGGGCUGACGACCUUUCUCUCUUUGACCUCACCUCUGGCGCCUCUCCUGCUCCUGCUGCUGAUGCUGAUCCCGCUGUCCGCUCUAAGUGGGCCACCCGCGAUGCUGCUGCACGUCUUGCUGUGCGUCGCCACCUCCCUACCUCUGAGCGUGCGCACUUUAGUCAGUACAAGAGUGCUCAGACCUUGUACGACGCUGUAGUUGCGCGCUACUCCUCCCCUGCCACUGCUGCACUGAGCCGUCUCAUGCUUCCCUACCUCUUUCCUGACCUCUCUGCCUUUCCCACUGUCGCUGACCUCAUUACGCACCUCCGCACUAGUGACACUCGCUACCGCGCCGCCCUUCCUGCUGAGUUCUGCGCUAAGAACCCCCCCCCCAUGUACAUCGCUCUCUACUACGUAGUCGCGCGCCUCCCUGACUCCCUUCGCGUCGUCAGGGACCACUUUCUCGCAGUCUGUCCCACCACCCUCACCGUCGACCUCCUCGAGAAGGCCCUCCUCGCAGCGGAGAAGAGCAUAGUCGCUGUAGGUGCUUCUCGUGGUGACCCUCGCACCCCCAUCUUUGAGGGGUGCUCUCCUUCCCCCUUGCUGCCCUCUGUUGCCUCUGCUGCUGCUGCUGACCUGCUUGGUCUUGAGUCGGUCGGCGCGGCGUCUGCCCCUAGUGGGAGACGUCGCUCCAGCAAGGGCAAGGGGGGCAAGGGCGCGGGUGGAGCUGGAGGGGGCGGUGGCGGUGGCGGUGGUGGCGGCGGAGGGAGUGGGGGUGGCGGCGGGACUAGUGGUGGAGGUGGUGGUGGUGGUGGCAGCAGUGGCGGAGACGGUGGUGGUGGUGCCAGCGGUGGUGGUGGAGGCAGCGGCGGUGGUGGAGGCGGCGGAGGUGGAGGCGGUGGAGGCAGCAGCGGAGGAGGCGGUGGUGGUGGAGGAGGUGGAGCUGGUCGAGGUGGUACCCAGCAGCGUAGCGGCGGUGGUGGUGGCCAGCGCUCGCAGCGGCAGCAGCAGCAGCGCUCGCGGGACAUCCCUCCGCCUCAGCAGCUUCGUGAGUGGUACGCUGGGCGUCAGAGGGGUGGGGGUACUGGUCCCUGCACCUACGUUCUUCGUUCCGGCGACCGCGCGGGUGAGAAGUGUGGGGGUGCCCACGCCACCCAGCGCUGCUUUGGCCGCCUGACGGACGCCUGGCGUCAGCAGUUCCCUGGGGCUAGUGAGAUCCCUCGCUGGGAUGAGCUUCUCAGGGCUGGUGUAGCGAUCUUUGAUCUUGAUUUUGAUGCUAUUCUUGCUGCUAUGUAUGUUGUGGAUUAUAGUGAGGAGAAUGAGGGUUACCGUUGUUUCCAGCCCGACCCGGGCAUUGGUACUGCUGCGCUAGGUGCUUGUGAGGCUGCUGCUCUAGGUGCCAGUGCGUCUGCGCUCUCAGGUACUGGUGAGACUGCGCUCUCAGGUACUGCGUCGUCCUCGUCCUCCCUCACUUUCACACUUGACUCCGGAGCUUCUCGCUCCUUCUUUCGAGACCGCACUACCCUUACGCCGCUCGGCCGGCCGACCGCGGUCUCCCUUGCUGACCCCUCUGGGGGUCCUGUCCUGUCUCACUUCUCCACUGUCCUCCCGUGUCCGGCUGCCCCUUCGGGCACCCUGUCGGGUCUGUACCUUCCCUCGUUCUCUACGAACUUGGUGGCUGCGUCGGGUCUGGUACUUGCUGCUGCGUCCCGGUCAGGUCCUGAGUCUGCCCCCUGUUCUUGUCGCCUCCUGUCUCACGAGACUCUCCUGUGGCACCACCAUCUUGGCCACCCCUCCUUGCCCCGUCUUCGGAGCAUGGCUUCCCGUGUCCUUGUCUCUGGCCUUCCCCAGUCUCUCCCUCCUCUCCCCUCCGGGCCAGGACCUUCCUGUGUCCCCUGUGUCGAGGGUCGCCUCAGGGCUACUCCUCACUCCUCCCACUUCCCCCCGACAGAGGCUCCCCUGCAGACGCUUCACAUGGAUGUGUGGGGCCCAGCCCCCGUUCGUGGGCAGGGUUACGAGCGCUACUUCCUGUUGGUGGUUGACGACUACUCGCGUUACACCACAGUCCUCCCCUUGCGCAGCAAGGAUGAGGUCACUGAGGUGCUGAUCGACUGGAUCCGCGAGGCUCGUCUCCAGCUCAGGAAGAGCUUCGGCUCGGACUUUCUUGUUCUGCGUCUGCACUCUGACAGAGGCGGAGAGUUCUCUUCUCGCCUUCUGCGGGACUACUGUCGUGCACGGGGGAUCCGCCAGACCUUCACGCUUCCGAACUCACCACAGCAAAAUGGGAUUGCUGAGCGCCGCAUUGGCAUGGUCAUGGAUGUCGCUCGUACGUCCAUGAUGCAUGCGGCUGCCCCUCAUUUUCUGUGGCCGUUUGCGGUGAGGUACGCGGCGCAUCAGCUCAACCUUCACCCCCGGGUCUCUCGGCCGGCGAUGUCCCCAGCCUUGCUGUGGACGGGGAAGGUUGGCGAUGCGUCUGUGUUCCGUGUCUGGGGAUCUCGGGCGUUUUUUUACCACCCCUCCUCUCGUCGUGUUCUGUCCUCCCAGGACGUCACGUUCGACGAGUCAGUCCCCUUCUACCGUCUCUUCCCCUACCGCACUCCUUCCCUCCCCCCUCCCCCGGACUUCCUUGUGCCGGUUCCCCCCCCGGUAGACCCCCUCCCCCCUCAGGUUCCUGCCCCCUCAGGUGUGUCCCAGGUAGACGCCGUUGACCCGGUCGAGGUUACUGGUGACUCUGGUGCUGCUGCGGGUGCUGAGCCUGGGGGUGCUACUGCUGGGGGUGCUGGGCCUGAGGGUGCUACUGCGGAGGGUGCGGAGCCUGGGGGUGCUGAGCCGGGGGGUGCUGUGCCUGGAGUUGCUGGGUCUGGGGGUGCUGGGUCGGGAGCUGCUGAGCCUGGGGGUGCUGCGUCUGGAGCUGCUGAGCCUGGGGUUUCUCCUGCUGCUGCGUCUCGCCGGGAGCCCCUCUCUCCACAGGAGCUGCGCGAGUGGUUCGCUCGCCGCUGGAGGCGUGCUGCUGAGUCUGGAGGUGCUGCUGGAGCUGGAGCUGGAGCUUCUUCGACCGUCGAGGGUGCGGGUGCUGCUGGUCCCGGAGCUGCUGGACCUGCGGGUCCUCCUGGAGCUGGAGCUGCUGCGGGCGCUGGUGCUGAGCCUACUUCUGUUGGUCCUGCCGCUGGAGGUGUGGGUGGCGCUGGUGCUGUCGCUGAGGGUGCUGGUGCUGUCCCUGCUGCGUCUGGAGCUGCCGCGCGGCCUCGGCCGUACUUCGUUCCGCUCCUGCAGCAGGUUCUUGGUCUUUCUCCUCCAGUAGAGGGUCCACCGCCUGUCCAGUCGCAGUCCCUGCUAGAGCCUUCCUCUCCACUGCCUGCUCCCUCUCCUUACACUGGUCCUACUGGAGGUCUUGCUGAGCGUCGUGAGCCUGCGUCUCGUCCCGCGUCGCCUGUUCGCACUGCUCGCGCUAGUGGUCGCAGUUCGCGUCACCGUCCUCCUCCUGUCCCUGGCACGCACCGGAUGUCUUUGCGUCCGUCCACUGCUCCUCUGCGUGCCCCUUUGCCUUCUCCUCCUGAGUCCUCUCUUCCUGCGCUUGCCGACCCUGGGUCGGACUCUCUUCGUGCUGCCAGUCCUACUGUCACGCGUCUGCUUGCUACUGUCGUCACUGACCCCUCUUUUGAGUCCACUGCUGCGUCUGCUCUAGUCGCUGAGCUCGUCGACUUUGCUGCUCGCUGUCGUCUCGACUACGCUGCUAGUCUUGUUGCUGAGUCUGCGUCUGUCUGUCCUCCGUCCGUCGGGGGUGAGUGUGCUCUUGGCACGGACGUCCUAGAGGACAGGCAGGAGGAGUUACAGUGUCUAGCGACUGCUUCACCUCAUCUCGCGUCUGUACUGCUUGCCCCUGAGGGAGACCCGGAUGCACUAGACAUCCCGACUCCGCGUUCUUACGCGGAGGCCGUAGAGGGUCCCUACUCCUCUCAGUGGCAGGCAGCUAUGGAUGCAGAGAUGGCUUCCUGGAAGUCCACAGGCACCUACGUUGACGCAGUUCCCCCUCCUGGGGCGAACAUCGUCAGUGGCAUGUGGAUCUUCCGGGUGAAGCGGCCGCCGGGCUCUCCACCUGUCUUCAAGGCGCGGUACGUUGCUCGUGGCUUCAGUCAGCGGCAGGGAGUUGACUACUUUCAGACCUUCUCUCCCACCCCGAAGAUGACUACUCUUCGGGUGCUGCUGCACAUAGCCGCUCAGCGCGACUACGAGCUUCACUCUCUCGACUUCAGCACUGCGUUCUUGCAGGGUAGCCUGCACGAGGAGAUCUGGCUUCGCCGUCCACCUGGCUUCACUGGGACUUUCCCUCCUGGCACCCAGUGGAGCCUCCGACGGCCAGUCUACGGUCUCCGCCAGGCACCGCGUGAGUGGCACGACACACUGAGGACUACGCUUGCGGCUCUUGGGUUUGCUCCUUCUAAUUCUGACCCGUCGCUAUUUCUUCGCACCGACACUUCCCUGCCGCCGUUCUACAUCCUCGUGUACGUCGACGACUUGGUCUUUGCCACAGCGGACACUGCUGGACUCGCCUACGUGAAGUCCGAGCUGCUGAAGAGACACACGUGCACAGACCUGGGUGAACUGCGCAGCUACCUUGGCUUGCAGAUCACUCGGGACAGAGCACGCCGCACCAUUACCUUGACUCAGUCACACAUGGUGCAGCAGGUCCUUCAGCGCUUCGGCUUCACGUACUCCUCGCCUCAGGCCACUCCUCUGCCUACUCGCCACUCACUCUCAGCUCUGCCUUCGGAUGAGUCCGUAGAGUCGAGUGGUCCGUAUGCAGAGCUUGUUGGCUGCCUCAUGUACCUGAUGACCUGCACACGACCUGACCUUGCAUACCCUCUGAGCAUUCUUGCACGCUAUGUUGCUCCUGGGAGACACCGACCAGAGCACAUGGCUGCAGCGAAGAGGGUAUUGCGCUACCUCUGCAGUACGUCGGGCAUGGGGCUAGUGCUUGGAGGGCGGAGUCCAGUGGUCCUUACCGGCCACGCGGACGCUUCUUGGGCUGACGACCAGGCUACGCAGCGGUCGUCACAGGGUUACACCUUCAGCCUUGGUUCCGGCUCUGUCUCGUGGCGGUCUACUCGCUCGUCUUCGGUUCUCGGCUCCAGUUGUGAGGCUGAGAUCUACGCCGGGGCCAUGGCUGCACAGGAGCUUCGCUGGCUCACCUACCUGCUGACUGACCUUGGAGAGCCGCCUCGUUCUCCUCCAGUGCUGUCCGUAGACAACAAGGCCAUGCUGGCCUUGUGUCGAGAGCAGCGCUUGGAGCACAGAACGAAGCACAUUGCUCUCCGCUACUUCCUUGCUCGUGAGCUGCAGCAGCGUGGUCAGUUGCGACUUGCGUACGUGGCCUCUGAGGCCAACACUGCUGAUGUGUUCACCAAGGCACUCGCGCCUUGUGACCAUCAGCGCUUUUGCACCCAGCUGGGUCUUGUACCUCUUGCCUCACUUGCUCUCCUCUUGACUUCACUUGUACUGUGA